AUGCUGUUGUGGGCGGUGGGACGAGGGCAGGCAGUCGUGGCAGGACGGCGGGCUUUGACGCGCGAGGCCACACCAAAAUGGCUGAACAUCAGCGAGGAGGUGCAACAAGCAUUGGUCGAGGACCAAGCGGUCGUGGCCCUCGAGUCAACGAUCAUUAGUCAUGGCAUGCCCUAUCCAACCAAUCUCGAGGUUGCACACGCCGUGGAGCAGGACAUUCGACAAAACGGUGCCGUUCCUGCCACCAUCGCCUUGGCCCGCGGCCAGGUGCACGUUGGUCUAUCUAAAGCACUUUUGGAAGAGCUGGCCGACCCCAAUGCGAAGGUUCAAAAAACUUCACGACGCGACCUGGCUCAGGUGUUGUCACAAGGUCAACUCGGGUCGACGACCGUGGCCGGCACAAUGAUUGCCGCUCACGCUGCCGGCAUCGAUGUUUUUGCCACUGGUGGCAUCGGCGGCGUGCAUCGUGAUGGCGAAAACACCAUGGACGUUUCUGCCGAUCUCACCGAGCUAGGGCGAACCCCCGUAGCUGUGAUUUGUGCUGGCGUCAAGAGCAUUCUUGACAUCCCUCAUGUGGACGCCGCCAUUGAAGCCGGCCUUGCUGCAGCGAAGGCGAGCAACGUCAUGGGCAAGGACGUGACACCGUUCUUGCUGAGCUACGUCAACCAGGCAACUGCUGGGCGUUCUCUGCAAGCCAACAUUGCUCUGGUCCGCAACAAUGCGGCCACGGCCGCGCGCAUUGCCGUUGCAGCGCGGAUGCCUGGUUCUCGCCGUGACAUGUCCACCCAUGCUGGCUUGGGCCGUGCCUACGUACUGGGGGGAGCCACCGAAGACGUGCUCUGCCGCACCGACCGACGGGCCGAGGCCUCUUACAACACCUCGAGGCACUUCACGUGGUAUGGCAUUGCUUGCGUGUCUUGUGCCUGGAUACGGGAUGUGUCGCUGGCUCAAGUCCUGCCUGCCUCGCGGACAGCCACGUAUGCUGCAUUCCUCGAGCGUGGUGCACUGGUCUCGGCCAUCGCUGACAUGGAUGUGAUGCAGCAGUUGUUGCGGUUUCAGCAGUUUCCCAAACUUGAGACUCAAGACAUCAUCCUGCUGGACGCCAACGGCCUGGGCGAUCACCUGGACGCCACUGUGCGUGGGCCUCUUGAGGCCUGGCUCGCUCAACAUCGCGUGUGGUUGGAGCCAACGUCGACCGUACGAGCGAUUGAGGCCGGCCGUCUGACCACGCGAAUUCCAAUUUGGGCCAUCAGCCCGGACUUUCAAGAGUUUGGCGUGCUGCUUGAGCAGCUCUCUCGCUCUGCUGCGCAUGACUAUGCUGCUCUUGACCCCGCUGAUACGGAGAGUACGUUGGACUUUGUUCAGACUCGGUGGACUCGCCUUUUUGCCGACCACACGCCACACGGGCGCGCACCGUUGCUCUUUCUCAAGCGCGGUGCACAAGGCUUGAUUGCACCAGAUGUUGCAACGCUUCAGGCUUGGGCCGACCCGUCUCGAACCACGUCGCCGACCACUCCACACGUUUAUCAGCAUUUUUGCCCCGAGCCUGUGACUCAGAUCGUCAAUGUGACCGGUGCGGGCGAUAGCAUGGUUGCAGCCAUCUUGGCCAUGCUCUUGGCGCGUCGAUACGACUCGGCCGUUGCCGUGGGGCUGCGGGCUGCCCGUUUGAGCCUUGCCUUUACAGGCGCCAUCAACCCAGCCUCGUCGCAGCUUCGCGACUGUGUGGUCCACGGUGCUGGUCUCUCCGACCAGCCCGUCCUGUGA